CUGCGUGUGGGUUUUGACGGUGGUGAAUUAGUGCAGGGGAGUGGAGAGAGACGCUGGGAGAGGACUCAAACACUCACUCACACACACUCACACACACACAGACGCGCACGCACAGACACUCGACACACGCUUGGAGGUAAAGGACGCACCAAAAGACGCAAGAAGGGCUUUCUUUUUCACUGAUAUUCUGCUCUUUCUCUCUUUCUUUCUCUAUCUCUCUUUCUUCUCUCUCUCUCUCUCUCUCUCUCUCUCUCUCUCUCGCUCAACGGCAGGAAAAAGAAAAAGUUUCCAGAAAGAGAGGAAGAGGAGAGGAGUGUCGCUCGGUCGUAGCACGCAGAGACAAGCUCGCGCUCUUUGACUCUUGUCCUGGAAAUAUUUUUUUAAUUUUUAAUAUUUUUUUUUUUAGAUUAUUUUUGAAUGUUACGCGCCUUGCUGUCCUGGGGGGAUUCCGUCUGUGCGGGCUUUCCUUUGCUGCACAAAUCCACACGCCAGCCUCUGUGUUGAUAAACAGUGACAAGAAGACGGAGAACCGGACCAAAAGGGGGCCAAAAACUCACCAGGUAUGGCGGCGGUGUUGCCGAGAACCCUGGGUGAGCUGCAGCUCUACCGCAUCCUGCAGCGAGCCAACCUGCUCUACUACUACGAGGCCUUCAUCCAGCAGGGCGGCGACGACGUGCAGCAGCUGUGCGAGGCCGGCGAGGAGGAGUUCCUGGAGAUCAUGGCGCUCGUCGGCAUGGCCAGCAAGCCGCUGCACGUGCGGCGCCUGCAGAAGGCGCUGCGCGACUGGGUCACCAACCCGGCUGUCUUCAACCAGCCGCUCACCUCGCUGCCUGUCUGCAGCAUCCCCGUCUACAAGCUGCCCGAGGGCUCGCCCACGCUGCUCGGGGCCCAGGACCGAUCCAACACCGCCAGCGUCAAGAUGCCAAAAGCCGUGGCCGCAACCGCCGCCUGCUCCGACCCAGGGAAGCUGGACGUGGCGCGGGACAAAGUGUCGGCCGGGUCGCCCCUGCAGGGCGGCAGCGAGGCUCGAUUCUGGUCGGGCCACAGCAACGACAGCGAGCACAGCCUGUCGCCGUCGGACCUCGGCUCCCCGUCCUCACCGAGAGACGCGCUGGAGGCUCUGGACGCCGCGGCGGUCCAGUCGGUCCUGGAGUGCGUGGACCGGAUGGCGCCGGGGCUUCCCAAGACGGACUUAGCCGAGGUCAAAGAGCAGCUGAAGAACAACAAGAAGCUGGCGAAGAUGAUCGGACACAUCUUCGAAAUGAGCGACGACGAGCCGCGGCGGGAAGAGGAGAUCCGAAAAUACAGCGCCAUCUACGGACGCUUUGACUCCAAGAGGAGGGACGGAAAACACCUGACGCUGCACGAGCUGACGGUGAACGAGGCGGCGGCACAGCUCUGCAUGAGGGACAUGGCUCUGCUGACGCGCCGGGACGAGCUGUUCGGACUCGCCCGCCAGAUUUCCAGAGAGGUCACUUACAAGUACACCUACCGCACCAGCAAGUCUCGCUGCGGAGACCGAGACGAGCCGUCCCCUAAAAGGAUUAAAACAGAGGAGAAUUUCUUCGACAUCCAGGAGGCGCUGCAGGCCAUCCACAUGAGGCAGGAGAUGCUGCGGGAGCAGCUGGCCUGCGCCAAGUCCAAGGGGGAAGAAACCGUCGGACGAAAUCUGCAGAUGCAGCUGGAGCGUCUGCUGGCCAGGCAGAUGGAGAUCCUGCAGGACGCCGCCGUCCAGGAGCGCCUCCAGGCUCUGGACUGGAGGAUUCCCCCCGCCGCCUUAAAGUACCUCAGCGACGCCCAGAACACCAACGGAGCCGACGCCAGCAGAGACAGCCAAGAUGAACGACCAAUCAACUUGCGUGUGGUCAGUCAGAACAUGCAGGAAGGCGACCUCCCAUUGGGCAAGCAGCUAGCCAAUGAACUGAAGCGCCAUCACAACCACAACCACAACAACAACAGCAACACAGAAGAGACCAAAACAUCAGCAACAGAAAACGGAACGUCGCAGCGAACGUCCAGCAACCCAGAGAAGAAAACCAUCAAGUCAGAGCCGGAAGACUCCACAUAGUGCCUCCCGCCUCGCCCUACCACCAACCCCCACUUGCCCCCCCCCCCAAUUCAUUCUACUCACACUUGACAGUAUGCAGUUAUUACCCAUCAAUAGAUACUAAGCAAGCACAGCCACAGUAGAGCCUUAACAACCAAUGUUGCCUCAUGAAUAGCAUUUUUUUUGUUUGAUUUUGUCUUUCUGUUUUGACGGUAUUCGCCAAAGCAUCUAGAGAGCAUGUCAAGAAGCCGUACACGUUAGAUGUACAUGUAAUUUAAGAGUGAUCUGUUUGUGUACUUUUUAUGUGUCCAUGGGUGUUAUAUUUGUUGCUUUCUUUGCACAGCCAGGUUACAGGCUGUGAUGCCGGGGGCUGAGUCUUAACUCAAACGUAGAUUCAGAGAUGAGAUAAAAUAAUAAUAAUAAUAAUAAAUUUAAUUUAUAUAGCGCUUUUCACGAACAAAAAGCAGAAAUGUUGGCUUUUUUCACUGCACGUCUUCAGCAUCUUGGUAACACUUUAUGUGACUAUCACUACUAGCCAAUAUUUUUCUUCACUCACUUGGACCUUAAAACUGAAGCUACAGAUGCGACCAAUAUUCAAUCUAAAAGUUUCAAUUUCAAAAUAUUUCCAGUGUCCAGUGUUUGUCCCUUUGAAGGCAAUAUCACCCACUUUGAUCGAGACUGAAAUAUCUUUAAAAAAACAUUGGAUAGAUUGCCAUGAAGUUUGGUGCAGGCAUUCAUGCCCCACAGAGGAUAAAUCCUAAAGACUGUGGUGAUCCUCUGACUUUUAAUGUAGCGCCACCUGCAGGUAAACAUUUUUAUAAAAUAACUAGUGAAAUAUCUCGACAUCCGCUCCAUGGAUUGUCACAAAGUUUAGUACAGCCAUACAAAGUAUCCAGAUGAUGUAACCUUAUAACUUUGGUGAUCCUCUGCCUUUUCAUCUAUAGCGCCACCAUGUGGUUGACAUAUUUGGUUUAGAGUGAAAUAUCUCCACAACUAUGGAAUCGGCACAGAAUUUGGUACAGCCAUUCAUGUCAUUCACAACGUGAAUUGUACAAAUUCGGUGCAGUCAUGAAGGCAAUGUGCAUUUGUCCAAUACUUUGGUCAAUGACCAAAUACCUGUGAGACUAAUGCCAUUCCCAUCAGUCUCAGUGGUGCUAAUUACCAAUGCUGGCGUGCUAACUAAGAUGGUGACCAUGGCAAACAUAACUAGCUAAACAUUGACAUUUAGCUUGAAAGCAAUGCAAGUACAGCCUCACAGAGAUGCUUGACCUUUAGUCUAAUCGUAAUACAUAAUACUAUAUACACAAACCCAUAUGAAUACUUAUUGGGGAAAAAUAUCAAAGAUCAUCAGCACGUCAUAACAACGGGAGAUAUACAAAGCGUUAUCUAAUUUUGAGAUGUACGGUGGUUGUCUGUAGUUUGCGAUUGCUUCCAGAAAUGAAAAUAUGGUUAAUGUAUGGAAUGAGAUAAAAGAAUAUAUGAACAUAUUGGACUCUCUGUCACAAUUCAGCCCAGUGUGGGGCAAUGUUUCAUUUAAACCAGGCAAGCUGGAUGCAGGAUUCCAGAUAUGGGCAAAGAAAGUAAAAAGAAUACAAUAAGAAGAUCUUAAAAAAAACUACCAGCAAUAGCCAAAGAUUUAGCAUUUAGCUGGUGGCUUAUUGUCAUUUCCCUGGCUGUCGCCCCGCAUCUUCUGGGCCUCCGUCAUUCUCCCGAAUCUAACAUAGACGUCUGCGUUUGUACUGUAACUCAAAAGGUGUAAAGGUACUGUAGGGAGAUUGAGUUAGGAUUCAGCCCCUUUAGCAGGUUCGUUUUUCUGCCAUACACUUCAAAUGAGGAAAAAAACAGGAGAGGUGGGAUGAAUCCUUCCUUCCUCGCUCUUGUCUUGUGUAUAUUUAUGGAAGGUAAUUUAAGAAGAGGAUGUAUAGGAGCUGUUGUGGAGUAACAGCGGGGGACCUCUGUCAUUCGUCUCGGUAGGAUGGCUGGGUGGCUGGCAUGCCGGAGGCCGAGCUAAUUGCUUCAUUUCACUUUGUAAUUUAGCAAAACACUGCUGUUGAAGCGACACCACGCAAAUACAAGGGAGUAUUUCAGGAAUAGAGACGUGGUUUUUUUUUGUUGUUUUUUAAGCAACGAUCCAACAAGCUUUCAGCAGGCCCCGCGGGUCGUCAAAUUCCACCCAACACGUAAAACUUCAACUGGAGACAGAAUCAAAUAUUAAGUAUUGCAGGUGUGU